ACCCUUUAGCAAGUCUUCACUUCUACUUACUUAUUUAUUUUAACAUUCCCUCACAAUGUCUAACCAAUCCACUCACAAACAAUUUGACUCCAAGUUGUUACACUAUCUCAGACAAUACUCCUUGAUUCAAUAUGUCAACAAUUUAGUAUUUUCAUUCAGCAUUACAAACACAUUAUAUGCUCAAUACGUUGCACCAGUAGCAGAAUAUGUCAACACCCAAAUCUCCAGUGUUAGUUAUUCCUACAAUUUAGCAACCUUUAUUGAUGGCGUUAGUACUGAUGUUCUUUUACUCCUUGACAAGUUGUUAUUGCAAUAUCCCGCCCAAACUUUAGACUCAAUCACCAAAACUUAUGUUAAGCCAAUUGACAACAAGUUGGUUGAAGUUAACAACAAGUAUUUUCGUCCCAUUGAGGAAACCAAAACGGAAGGUUUUACCAAGUUGUGGAAUACUGUAAAGAACAUUGCUACUAACUUGAAAGCUAGCGCUUUUUCUAAAUCUACUGAAAUUCAAAAGAAUCUUGUUGACACCUAUAAUCAAGAAUUGUCUAGCACCACCAAGCAAAAUGUCAUCGGUAAGAAUAUUGAAGCUUCAUAUAAUACUGCUUCUAAGACUAUCAAGACUUUGAAUGAAGAUUAUAUUACUCCUUUAAAGGCACAAACUCAAGAUAUUGUUGAUCAAUUUGCUGCACAGACUAAGAAUAAGGCUGAUGAAAUUAUCAAGACUAAAGUCAACCCAAAGAUUGACGAAUUGAAACAAAAGAAGGAUGAUUUCUUGCAAAAGAAUAACACCUUUGUUUCUGCUUCCGCAUAAAAUUGAAACAUCAAACAUUUAAUCACCUUCCUAAGCUUUUUUUUCUACACUGUUUGACAAUUGAUACUAUAUUUUUCUUUUUUGCUACAGCAUUCUUCUUCCACUUUAAUCAUUGGUGAUUAUAGUGUGUUGCCUAUUUUAUAUCCCAUUUUUGUACUUUAUAGUCUAAAUACAUCCAUUUUG